AUGUCGUGUUGUCACACCGACAGGAGCCUACACGUCAUGUCUGGCAUUGCUUUGAGCCGGCUUGCCCAGGAGCGUAAAGCCUGGCGGAAGGACCAUCCAUUUGGAUUUGUAGCAGUACCCACAAAAAACCCAGAUGGAACCAUGAAUCUCAUGAAUUGGGAAUGUGCUAUUCCUGGGAAGAAAUCGACUCCAUGGGAAGGAGGUCUUUUCAAACUCCGCAUGCUGUUCAAGGAUGACUAUCCAUCGUCUCCUCCAAAAUGUAAAUUUGAGCCACCACUUUUUCAUCCUAAUGUGUAUCCUUCGGGCACAGUAUGUCUUUCAAUCUUAGAGGAAGACAAGGACUGGAGACCAGCUAUCACGAUAAAACAGAUCCUACUAGGCAUCCAAGAACUCCUAAAUGAGCCCAAUAUCCAGGAUCCAGCUCAAGCAGAGGCCUACACAAUCUACUGUCAAAACAGAGUAGAAUAUGAAAAAAGAGUUCGAGCACAGGCCAAAAAGUUCUCUCCGUCAUAA